GCCGGCGCCGCUGCCACUAGCGCACUUGCUGGCUGCCGGGCAGGUGCGGUUCGCGCUCGGGUCUCGGCGCUGCCCUGGAAAUCAGAACGUGACAUCAUUGUACUUGUGCAUGAGAAGGGGAAAGUGAAAUUGACCAGCCAACUUACUUUUAUUGUCCAAACUUGAGUGUGAUAAAAAAGGAGAAGUCCCAAUAUCCACUUAUCCCAGUGAAAAUGGCCUUUAGCAAUUUGACAUCAAAAGCUGCACUGCUUUAUGAUGAAUGGAUUAAACAUGCUGAUCCAAGAGUGGAAGGCUUCCUACUCAUGUCUUCACCUGUGCCACAGACUAUUAUCAUUGGAGCCUAUAUUUAUUUUGUCACUUCUUUGGGACCAAAACUCAUGGAAAACCGAAAACCUUUUGAACUCAGGCAGAUAAUGGCAUUUUACAAUUUUGGUGUGGUAGCCCUUUCAGUGUAUAUGACUUAUGAAUUUCUUAUGUCUGGUUGGGCCACAGGUUAUUCAUUCCGAUGUGACCUUGUUGACUACUCCAGGUCACCUACAGCUCUGAGAAUGGUUCGGACUUGUUGGCUGUACUACUUCUCCAAAUUCAUUGAAUUAUUAGACACUAUCUUUUUUGUUCUGCGAAAGAAAGAGGGCCAAAUUACAUUCCUGCAUGUCUUGCAUCACUCAAUCAUGCCGUGGACCUGGUGGUUCGGAGUCAAAUUUGCUGCAGGUGGGUUAGGAACAUUCCAUGCUCUGUUAAACUGUGUUGUGCACGUCAUCAUGUACAGCUACUAUGGACUCUGUUCACUGGGACCAGCCUAUUAUAAAUACUUGUGGUGGAAAAAACACAUGACAUCUAUACAGCUUGUUCAAUUUCUUAUGGUUACAGUUCACAUAGGACAAAUCUACUUUAUGGAUGAUUGUCCAUACCAGUAUCCAGUUUUUAUAUUCAUUAUUUGGCUCUAUGGCUCUAUGUUUUUACUCCUGUUUCUCCACUUCUGGUAUCAUGCUUACACCAGAGGGCAGAGACCACCAAAGACUAUGAAAAAUGGAAUCAGCAAAAGCAAAGAUCACUGAAGCAAUGUUUCAUCUAUAUAAAUGUGUACAUCUCAGAUCAGUAACUUGUACUACUUGACAAUCAAGAUAUUUAGGUGCGCACUACACUGUGUACAUUUUACAUGUUUUUCCAGAACAGAGCUUGUAUUUUUACAAUAAGUUAUUUGGGUUUCUGAUGUUGCGGGGUGGGGGGAGGGGUAAUUUUCUGAUUAAAGAUUUGCAGGUUUUCAGUGACUUGCUGCACAUAUCUAGAGAAAUUCUCUUUUUGCCUAGAAGAAAUGAAUAUUUAAUUGCAUUCUUACAGGUGAGAUGCAUAUAAAUAAAAAGAUCUUCUUUAAGAAAAUGUGUAUGAUAAGUACAGAAUACUUUGAGCACUAAGAAAAGGUAUAAAGAGCAUUCAUUUUAACUGAUAUCAUAAGCUGUUGAAACUGUAGUUUAAUUUUAUUGAAAUAACCAUGAAAAAUCAUUGUUACAUGCAUAAUUUAUAGAGACUAAAACACAUUGUUAAUAUAGUUAAUACCUGUAAACAUUCAUAUUUUUUGUACAAACUGUACCAUAUUAAAGAAUGUAAGUUAAAUAAAACCUUGGCAGAUUAGUGUGUUUUUAA